AUGACUUCCACUCGCAGUCACAAACACACUGGUUCUGUAACCCAGAACCAAAAGGCACAACUCGCCAACGCCUAUAAUGAGCUCGGGAAGGAGCUCUCUUCUAGUAGGAUUCGCGUAGUAGGGAACUACACCCUGGGAAAGAGUAUAGGCGAGGGCGCCUACGGGAAAGUUCGGAUGGGGACCCAUCGUCUAACUUCGACCAGGGUCGCUAUCAAGCAGAUUCCUAAAGCCAUGUCGGCUUCAUUGACCCGGGAAAUCCACCACCACAGGCAGCUCCAUCACCCACAUGUUACACAAAUGUACGAAGUCAUCGCAACGGAAAACUCGAUUUGGAUUGUCACCGAACUUUGUUGCGGGGGAGAGCUCUUCGACUAUCUUGUGGAGAAAGGGAGACUGUCGGAGGAUGAGACCAAGAUCAUCUUUGGUCAGCUUUGUCUCGCCGUCGCCUAUCUGCAUGACAAGGGCAUCGUCCAUCGUGACCUCAAGUUGGAAAAUGUUUUGUUAGAUGAGCGGUGUCGAGUGAAGCUGGGCGACUUUGGUUUUACCCGAGAGUAUGAACGAGGGAUUUUCCUCGAAACCUUUUGUGGCACUACGGGGUAUGCAGCUCCCGAAAUGUUACAGGGCCAUAAAUAUUUGGGUCCAGAGGUCGAUAUAUGGUCACUUGGGAUCAUCCUAUACUGUCUAUUGACAGGCGGUUUGCCAUUUGAUGAUGACGACGAAUCUGUUAUGCGGGACAAGAUCAUUUCAGGCAAAUUUGAGGACCCAGAAUGGCUCUCGGACGAAUCGCGCGAUUUGAUCAAGAGUAUCCUUGUCAAGGAGCCUGCCAAACGUCUUCCCAUUUCGAGUAUUUUAACCCACUCUUGGUUCACUGCAAGGGACAGUCUUCCCGUCCGAGCCGACACAGUCGACUCGCAUACUUCCUCUGAUGCCUCUGAUUCUCACAAGUUGUUUGGCGAUGACAUUCAUUCAUCCACUCCCACCACACCCGACGAGAAGGAAGACAAAGUUCUACAUCGCUCCACCAGCGAAAUAACGAUACGAAAAGCAGAACUAGAAACUUUGCACACUAAAUUAACCAUCCCUGGCCCGCAAACAGUUAUUGAAGAGGACGAGGCCUCGCCUCCGCCACGAAUGUCUUCUAAUAUCUCGCUUGCGCCUCCUCCAGUCACGCGCACACCAGCGCGAACUAAACGUCGAUCGGUCUCGUCAAUUCCUUCUGAUCCAGCCGAUCCAGUGGAAGAGGUCGAAGAAACCGAAAUUCUCACACCCGAAGUGCCUGCUGCUGCUGCAGACGCUUCUCAGCCUCAAGUCAGCUUUGCAUCUCUCCUGAGCACGCCAGCUCCAGUCAUCUUCUCCACGCCUCCGGAACGUGAGCUGCUGAACAGCCUCAGCCUUUAUGGGUUUGACAUUGCUCAAAUUGUCCACUCGGUUUUGACUGACGCUUGCGAUGCAACUGGGGCAUUGUGGUGGAUGCUCAAACGAAGAGCAGAGAAGCGCAGUAUCGAACCUCACUUAGAGGAUGUCACAAGUCCUGGUAUAGUCGAGCAUCCGAUAUAUAGCCUGGGUGAACAGGAGGCUUCGAGUCGCCGCCAAACUUCUGUCGGAACGCAAACAGAGACACAAUUUGCUCUAUCCUCUCGUGGCCCAGCUCUUCCUCACUUAUCAUUUGUUCCUCCAACGCCCACAGUAUCUUCUGGUCGUCCUUCAACUCCACCUGGCCCGAGCAGUCCAACACGAUCGCCUUUGUUAUCGCCGUCUGCAUCAGGCACUACUACUGGAGAGUCUACCUCACGUUCUCAUCCCUCCACUCCAGCGAGCAGUCUGAAAGAUAGAGAGGGCAAAGGUAGAAAAGGCCGCUCCGGUAGCGUCAGCAUUAUGCAGCGUGCGACCACUGCGCUUGAAGCUGCCGGCCUCGUACGCAAAAAGUCCUCGGAAGCGUUCAAGGAUGAGAAGGAUGAUAAGAAGUCACGUGAGCCGGAGCGCAAGGGAAGCUCAGGGGAAGAGGGACGCAGCUCGCACGGUAGUCUAGGUCCUUCGACCUCGUCCAAGCUGACAAAGUCACCACCAUUACGGCCUUCCAAAGAUCAUAAUGUUCCGUCGACCCCUCCACCCAGCGAAGACCAUUCACAACCUGCAAUCGGUUCUCCUUGGGUAUUGACGGCCUCUAAAGACUCGCUUCAUCGACCACCAACACCUGCCAACUCGCCUGGGGGGGAUAUACGAGCAUCAAUGUCGUCGCCAAACUUUGGAGACGGUGAGGGCACUGGAUCGACGGGGAAAGCGUCUGGCUCACAUCGCAACCGUGCUAAUCUCCUCACGGCUUUCCGUUUAUGGUUCAACGAGGACAGAAAGGGCAAGAGGAAGCAAAACUCGCCAACAGUUGGGCCAUCAACCUCGAAUUCCAACCAAUCAUUUGCAGGAAAUGGUCGCGGAUCUGCUCAACAGACAUACAGUACCACGUCUGUCAAGCGAAGGACAAGCGGACCGGGUAAAUUCGUGUCUAGAGGACAUCGUCAUCGCGCCUCUGCAUCUUCACGACGCUCGAGCAGCGUUAAUUCGAGACGCUCCUCAAUUACCUCCGUUCAAAUGAUAGUACUCGACUCGCCACAAGUGCCUGGCCGCCGCUCAUUCGGCAGUCAUACGCCGAAUUCAGAGCGAGGAGAACACGGGUCACGGCCAUCUUCAAUCCGAAGUUUCUCGAUGCAACGACAACAUCGAAAGUCUCCCUCUGCCAGUUCGACUGGAUCAAACAACCGAACAACUUCCCCUGUCCAAAAACUCCAUCGCCGUGCUGGGAGUGGAUCAUCAACCCGGGUUGUUCGUCAUGUCCAAACAACUACGAUUACGACAACACCACUGACUUCGCGACCUCCCCAUAUGCGAUCAAAUUCUGCCUCAUCGACUCAUUCUCCGGUGUCCUCGAGACCAAACUCUAUCUACGAACAACCUCUUCUCCAACGCUCCAAUUCGGAUAUAGACAGGUAUCGGACAGGGUCACCAUUCAAGUCUAAUUCAAGACCGCAAUCCAGGACUAGGACAUCGUCAUCAGAAAGUCGUGGAAUGAAUGUAACGACAACUACGAGCACCACCUUUGUUGCGCAAAAGCGCCUUGGCCCUUUUACUUCGCCGAGCUUCAAUGGAUCGAUUGGGCGGACGAGCUGGAAGAAGUCUUGGGGGCUCGAACCGCCAGGCUGGCAAACACGAACAGCCCAUAUUCCCAUUGAAGUCCUCGCAAUUUCUCCUAUCAAUGAAGGCGCCACAAUUCGUGAUGUAUUUUCCAGCGGAAGUCGACACGGACUAGGGCUUUCCACAAUGAACAGCUUUGGCGACGAGAGUGACUGGGUUGACGAGGAUGAUGAUCUCCCCACUUUCGCUGGAGGACUGGGGCAAAUGUGGUCUGCAGGUCCAUCGCAGAGCAAGCCUUCACCAGAGACCAUCACGUUAUCACCGGCCCCCCGCGGCCACCGUCCGAAUAAACGGACGAAUCGCAGUGGUUCUGGGUCCUCUACCUCCUCGGCCGGUGGCAAAACCUCAAAGGCUGGUCACUCUCCAUCCCUCAAUACGACUCCUUUACCUUCGGAAACCGUUUAUGAAUCGGUUUCUGGUCGGAGACAAAUACCUGGUCAUGGCCGUAAAGGUCCUGCAGCUAUCCAGGAGGAAGAUGAGGAAGCGGAGGAGGAGUAA